AAGAACAUUCUGAAGAUUAUAUAGGGGACAAUGCAUCAAGAAUCUAUUUAUUGAGUCCUUCUAGAAUAAAAGCCAGGAACUCCCUAAUAUAAACACAUUAGUGUUUAUUUUGAGGAGGAAAUACAAAGAUUAAAAAAAGAAUAGACUAGUCCAAAAAAAAGAAAGAAAGAAAGAAAGAAAGAAAGAAAGAAAGAAAGAAAGAAAGAAAGAAAGAAAUCCACUUUGGAAGAUGUCUCUGAACAACUCUUCCAAUGUGUUUCUGGAUUCAGUGCCCGGUAAUAGCAAUCGCUUUCAAGUUAAUGUCAUAAAUGAGAGCCAUGAGAGCUGCGCGGCUGUGGAUAACAACACCGACCCUCCACAUUAUGAGGAAACUUCUUUUGGGGAUGAAACCCAGAACAGAUUCAGAAUCAGCUUUAGGCCUGGGAAUCAGGAAUGCUAUGACAAUUUCCUUCAGAAUGGAGAAACUGCUAAGACAGAUGCCAGUUUUCAUGCUUACGAUUCUCACACAAACACAUACUACCUACAAACCUUUGGCCACAACACUGUGGAUGCUGUUCCCAAGAUUGAGUACUAUCGCAACACGGGUAGCAUCAGCGGGCCCAAGGUCAACCGACCCAGCCUGCUUGAGAUUCACGAGCAACUUGCAAAGAAUGUGGCAGUGGCGCCCGGCUCGGCUGACAGGGUUGCUAACGGUGAUGGGAUGCCUGGAGAUGAAGAAGCUGAAAACAAGGAAGGGGAGGAUAAAGCCGGAACUGUGAAGUUUGGAUGGGUGAAAGGUGUGCUGGUAAGAUGCAUGCUGAACAUCUGGGGUGUCAUGCUCUUCAUUCGCCUCUCCUGGAUUGUUGGAGAAGCUGGAAUUGGUCUUGGUGUGAUUAUCAUCGGCUUAGCCGUGACAGUGACUGGUAUCACUGGUUUAUCCACCUCUGCUAUUGCCACAAAUGGAUAUGUCAGAGGAGGUGGGGCCUACUAUCUUAUUUCCAGAAGCUUAGGGCCCGAGUUCGGUGGGUCUAUAGGCUUGAUCUUUGCUUUUGCCAAUGCAGUGGCUGUUGCUAUGUAUGUGGUGGGAUUUGCUGAAACAGUGGUAGAUCUUCUUAAGGAGAGCAAUUCAAUGAUGGUGGAUCCAACCAAUGACAUACGGAUAAUAGGCUCCAUCACAGUGGUGAUUCUUUUAGGGAUUUCAGUAGCUGGAAUGGAAUGGGAAGCAAAGGCUCAGGUGAUACUUCUGGUCAUUCUUCUCAUUGCUAUUGCAAACUUCUUCAUUGGAACUGUCAUUCCAUCCAAUAAUGAGAAGAAGUCCAGAGGUUUCUUUAACUACCAAGCAUCAAUAUUUGCAGAAAACUUUGGGCCAAGCUUCACAAAAGGUGAAGGCUUCUUCUCUGUCUUUGCAAUUUUUUUCCCAGCAGCUACUGGGAUUCUUGCUGGUGCCAAUAUCUCAGGAGAUUUGGAGGAUCCCCAAGAUGCCAUCCCCAGAGGAACCAUGCUGGCCAUUUUCAUCACCACUGUCGCCUACAUAGGAGUUGCUAUUUGUGUAGGGGCCUGUGUGGUCCGAGAUGCUACCGGAAGCAUGAAUGACACCAUCGUUUCUGGGAUGAACUGCAAUGGUUCAGCAGCCUGUGGGUUGGGCUACGACUUCUCAAGAUGUCGACAUGAACCUUGUCAAUAUGGGCUGAUGAACAAUUUCCAGGUCAUGAGCAUGGUGUCAGGGUUCGGCCCCCUCAUCACUGCUGGCAUCUUUUCUGCAACGCUCUCUUCAGCCCUGGCCUCGCUCGUCAGCGCACCCAAAGUGUUCCAGGCUCUGUGCAAGGACAACAUCUACAAAGCCCUGCAGUUCUUUGCAAAGGGAUAUGGGAAAAACAAUGAACCCCUGAGAGGAUACAUUCUCACUUUUGUUAUAGCCAUGGCGUUCAUUCUUAUUGCGGAACUGAAUACCAUCGCCCCCAUCAUCUCCAACUUCUUCCUGGCCUCAUACGCACUUAUUAAUUUCUCCUGUUUCCAUGCCUCUUAUGCCAAAUCUCCGGGAUGGAGACCUGCAUAUGGAAUUUACAACAUGUGGGUAUCUCUUUUUGGAGCCAUUUUGUGCUGUGCAGUGAUGUUUGUCAUCAACUGGUGGGCAGCUGUCAUCACCUACGUCAUUGAGUUCUUCCUCUAUAUCUAUGUGACUUAUAAGAAGCCAGAUGUGAACUGGGGCUCCUCCACGCAGGCUCUUUCCUACAUCAGUGCAUUAGACAAUGCCCUGGAAUUAACUACCGUGGAAGACCAUGUGAAAAAUUUCAGGCCCCAAUGCAUUGUCUUAACAGGGGGACCUAUGACAAGACCUGCUCUCUUGGACAUUACGCAUGCCUUUACCAAGAACAGUGGCCUUUGCAUCUGCUGUGAAGUUUUUGUGGGACCGCGCAAGCUGUGCGUUAAAGAGAUGAACAGUGGCAUGGCAAAAAAGCAGGCCUGGCUUAUAAAGAACAAAAUCAAGGCUUUUUAUGCUGCAGUAGCGGCAGAUUGUUUCAGAGAUGGUGUCCGAAGUCUCCUUCAGGCCUCGGGCUUAGGAAGAAUGAAGCCAAACACUCUGGUGAUUGGAUAUAAAAAAAAAUGGAGGAAAGCUCCCUUGACAGAGAUUGAGAACUAUGUGGGAAUCAUACAUGAUGCAUUUGAUUUUGAGAUUGGUGUGGUCAUAGUCAGAAUCAGCCAAGGGUUUGACAUCUCUCAGGUUCUUCAAGUGCAAGAUGAAUUAGAGAAAUUGGAACAGGAGAGGCUGGCUUUGGAAGCCACUAUCAAAGAUAACGAAUGUGAAGAAGGAAGUGGAGGCAUCCGAGGCUUGUUUAAAAAAGCUAGCAAGUUGAACAUUACUAAGCCAACUCCUAAGAAAGAUAGCAGCAUGAACACGAUCCAAUCAAUGCAUGUGGGGGAGUUCAACCAGAAAUUGGUGGAAGCCAGCACCCAAUUUAAAAAGAAGCAAGGAAAAGGCACAAUUGAUGUGUGGUGGUUAUUUGAUGAUGGAGGGUUAACACUCCUUAUCCCCUAUAUCUUGACUCUCAGAAAAAAAUGGAAAGACUGUAAAUUAAGAAUCUAUGUUGGAGGGAAGAUCAAUCGCAUUGAAGAAGAAAAAAUUGCAAUGGCUUCCCUUCUGAGCAAAUUUAGGAUAAAAUUUGCAGAUAUCCAUAUCAUUGGUGACAUCAACAUUAAACCAAACAAAGAGAGCUGGAAAGUCUUUGAAGAGAUGAUUGAACCAUAUCGUCUCCAUGAAAGCUGCAAAGAUUUAACAACUGCUGAGAAAUUAAAGAGAGAAACCCCAUGGAAAAUUACAGAUGCAGAACUGGAAGCAGUCAAGGAAAAGAGCUACCGCCAAGUUCGACUGAAUGAACUCUUACAGGAGCACUCAAGAGCUGCUAAUCUCAUUGUUCUGAGCCUUCCAGUGGCAAGAAAAGGAUCUAUAUCAGAUUGGUUGUACAUGGCUUGGUUGGAAAUCCUCACAAAGAACCUCCCUCCUGUUUUACUAGUUAGAGGAAACCACAAAAAUGUUCUGACAUUUUACUCUUAAUAUGUGAAAGAUUGGAACACAUUUUAAUGUACGAAAAAUUAGGAAACAUGUUCUGGUACUUUAUGUUGUAAAUCUGAUCUAUGGAUUUACAAACCUCUGAGACAUUCUUACAGGAUUCCAUAGAAACUGUCAUUAUUUUUUAUUAGUUAUUGGGGGCUAUUUUUUUUCUAUCAGCUUAAGAGGGUAUCAAAGCUGAUAUCCUAGAAAUGCUACCCCUAGGAAAACAUCUUUAUUGUUGCUGUUGAUAAACAAGAAAAUUAAGGAGACCAUGCUGGCUUAUCCUCAUGAAAACCACCAACUUGAUUGUAAGCAUCUCCAGGCAAACCUAAUCUUGUGUUCGCUGCUAGGCCUUGGUAGAGGCCUCAGCCCCACAGCAGGUCCUCAUUAAAUGCUUAUUGACAGGCUAGUAGAGUAACUGUGGGUGGUUAUCAAAGGAAAAGACAGACUGGGCAGGAACCUCGAUUACAUUUGGCCUUCUGAGAGGCUUAUACCUACAAAGAAGAUUUGAAAAUCAAUAACUGAAAACUUUAAGAAGUACUUGAGUCUACAACAUGUUUAAAGCAGUUACCUAAAUAAGGUUAUUUAAUGUAACACAGCGUAUAUACUUAGAGUGAUCUGAGUGAUUAUUGAUAACAUAUGGCUUCAAUUUGCUGCUGACUGAAGAGUAUGUCAGCUGGAUCAGAAGACAACAAUAUUCAAAUUAGAUGAACUAGAUUCCAUUUUUAAUAUAUAGACUUUGUUUUGCCUACUAUUUUGAAAUCUCCAUCAUAGUAUUUCUUUGCAUAUUUGUUUCUAAUUAAGUGGUUAGCACAGAUGAGAUCUUCUUAGAUGUCUAAUUGAAAACCUAAUACCCAGAUUUUCAAACCAUUAUAAAGAAAUAUAUCCUGAAUCAUAUACUUAGUUACUCUAUAUACUGAUUGUAUGGAUUGAGAGGAAUAAUCUAAUGUGAAGUGGAGAAACUUACAAAAUUACAAAAUUGUGUGUUGUAGACAACAUACAAGAAUUGAUUUUUUUUAUUUUUGUUAAUAUUCCUAUAAUAAUCAUACUGAAAAAUCAACAAUUUUUUUUUCUGAUGAAUGACUUGAUUUUUUUUUUCUUAACACAUUUGACUGCUUAUUCUAACUGAUAAAAUACAAGGGAAACAAUGAACCUGAAAUAAAAGCAUUGAAAUUUGUAUGCUUUGGCCCAGGUCACAUUUUUGCUUUCAAGUUGAUGAAGAUCACCGUGCAACGGCAUAUCAGAUGUAAGCAUUAAAAAUUCAAUCAGUUGGGAUCCCUGGGUGGCGCAGCGGUUUGGCGCCUGCCUUUGGCCCAGGGCGUGAUCCUGGAGACCCGGGAUCGAAUCCCACGUCAGGCUCCCGGUGCAUGGAGCCUGCUUCUCCCUCUGCCUGCUUCUCCCUCUGCCUGUGUCUCUGCCUCUCUCUCUGUCUCUCUGUGACUAUA